AUAACAAAUAACUUUGCCCCAUUAAAAAAAAAAAUACUAAAACCAAGGAAAAAAAUUAAAACAAUUAGUGCAUAAGCACCGCUUAAUCUUAAUCCACACAUCACUAUAAAUGCAUAAAGUCCCCAACUUCAAUCCUCGCCUCUGUGAUCACCUCUCCUCGUCAGGCGGGGGCAAUCGCCGGAAUAUACGAAAAGACCAAAAUGCCCCUGCUCGGGAGGCCUUGCCCUUACUCGAUGAUGGACAAGGAAGACCCAGAAGAGGUGUUUCACCGGCGAGCCCGGUUCUUGAUUCACAGAGUCCUCCAAGAAGCCGACGCCGUUUCUCUCCGGCGGCGACCUCCGCCGCCGUCUUUUUUGCGGAUGAGGCUUCUACGGUUGAAGGUGAAGGUCGGGAAGAGGCUGAGGAAGCUGCGGCGGAGCUUGGCCUCUGCCGUCAGAUCCGGCCUCCGGAAGCAUUCCCUAGACGACGGCGGCGGCAAAGCUCUUAAACGGCUCUUCCACGGUGGCUCCGGUGCCGGAAUUCCGGCGCCGAUCUUCUCUCUUGACGUUUGAGUCCUUUUCUUGUUUCUAAAUAUUCGAAGAUCUCGUUUUUUCUUUGCUUCUUUGAGGAAACACUGUUGCCAUUAUUACAUCACAAUUUGAUAGACAAUGCGAUUGCGAUUCGCCCAUUUCGAAUUAUCAUUCCAAAAAUCAA